CCCUCCCACUUGUACACACGCUGUGGGGCGGAGACACGAGACACUGUUUAGCUUUUUAAAAGCGUCUGUUGAAGCGCUUGUAACUUAUUCUUCCAGCACCACUGGAGGAUACAGAUAGAAGAAGACAAACAGAUUAAGAAAACAUAAAACCAGCAGCAUUUAGAGUCGUUUUCGGUUCUUUACCUCGACUGCGAGUUGGAAGACGUGGCCAAGUGUGAGUACUGCUGCUGUACAAACAGUAGCACAGUCACUUCCGGAGUCGUUAUUUCAUUCAAUGGGCUCUCUCAGAUAGCAACAUUGGACGGUUUUAAGUCGUACCAGUCUGAAUGGAACGUAAAGUCUAGCUUUUUUAGACGAGAAGCCUGAGACAUCUUCCACAAAAUAUCCCCUUCAUGAGGGGCAUUGGAUGGAUUAUUUAAACCUAAAUGCUUAAACCAAAUAGAAAUUCCCCUGAGAGGUGGUGGAUGCAUCUGUUCCCAUCUAAAAAGACACCAAACCAAAGAAGUAAAAGAUUAUUUUUGUUUCUGCAAAACUUGCAUCUUUCUUUAAAUAAAGAAAACGUAUUGGUUAUAUGUUAGUAUUAUUUUAAACUCUACAAGUAAACAUUUAAACAUGGCAGCAUCAAUGGAGGUAGCAGACAUUGCGGUUGUUGCACUUUAUUUUAUCCUUGUGCUUGGCAUUGGCUUUUUUGCCAUGUGGAAGGCCAACCGCAGCACCGUAAGUGGCUACUUCCUGGCUGGUCGAACUAUGAACUGGGUGGUGAUUGGAGCAUCACUGUUUGUCAGCAACAUCGGCAGCGAGCACUUUAUCGGCCUAGCUGGCUCAGGAGCAGCAAGUGGUUUUGCUGUAGGUGCCUGGGAGUUCAACGCCCUCCUUCUCCUUCAGCUUCUGGGCUGGGUGUUCGUCCCAGUCUAUAUCAACUCUGGGGUGUACACAAUGCCAGAAUACCUCUCAAAGCGCUAUGGAGGAAAACGGCUAAAGGUUUACUUUGCUGGUCUUUCCCUUUUGCUGUAUAUCUUCACCAAACUGUCAGUGGACUUGUAUGCAGGAGCUCUCUUCAUUCAUGAGUCCUUAGGCUGGAAUCUCUACCUGUCAAUCAUCCUGCUCAUUGCUAUGACAGCACUGCUAACAGUAACAGGUGGCCUGGUAGCUGUGAUCUACACCGACACUAUUCAGGCCAUACUUAUGAUCAGCGGAGCUUUGAGCCUUACAGCCAUCAGCCUGAUCAAAGUGGGCGGACUAGAUGGUGUUAGAGAGAAAUACAUGGAGGCUGUUCCAAAUGUCACUGCCAUUCUUGCCAGGCACAACUAUAGUUUUGCGUACACCAAUUCCUGUCGCAUCCACCCAAAGCCAAAUUCUCUUAAGCUCCUACGAGGGCCCCUUGAUGAGGACAUCCCCUGGCCUGGGUUCUUGUUAGGCCAGACUCCAGCAUCCAUCUGGUACUGGUGUGCUGACCAGGUCAUAGUACAAAGGGUACUUGCAGCUAAGAACAUUGCCCAUGCAAAGGGCUCCACCCUAAUGGCAGGCAUACUGAAAAUUCUUCCGAUGUUCAUCAUCGUUAUUCCAGGAAUGAUCUCCAGAAUAAUGUUUGCAGAUGAGCUGGCAUGUAUUGGGCCUGAGCACUGCAUGGCAGUGUGCCACAGCCAGGCUGGCUGCUCUAACAUUGCCUACCCUCGACUGGUUAUGAGCGUAAUGCCAGUGGGCUUGCGUGGGCUGAUGAUGGCUGUUAUGAUUGCUGCACUCAUGAGUGACUUGGACUCUAUCUUCAACAGUGCUAGCACCAUCUUCACCCUGGACAUCUACAAGAUGGUGCGAAAGUGUGCCUCCUCCCGAGAGCUAGUAGUCGUGGGGCGAGUGUUUGUGAUCAUCAUGGUAGGCAUCAGCAUUGCUUGGGUGCCAGUUAUCAUUGAGAUGCAAGGUGGCCAAAUGUACUUAUACAUCCAAGAAAUGGCAGGAUACCUUACACCACCCAUUGCUGCUCUCUUUCUGCUUGGCAUCUUCUGGAAGCGUUGCAAUGAGACAGGUGCCUUUUGGGGUGGCAUGACUGGCUUUGUUCUGGGUACCACACGCCUUAUCUUUGGUUUUGUCUAUCGUGAGCCCCGCUGCGAUCAGCCAGAUGAGCGACCAGCCUUCAUCAGUCAUGUCCACUAUAUGUACAUAGCUGCUGGACUGUUCUGGAUCUCAGGCCUGGUAGCUGUGGUGGUCAGUCUUUGUACUCCUCCUCCAACCAAGGAGAAGAUUGAGCGCACCACCGUGUGGGGAAUACGCAAUAUGGAAAAGCUACCGGUGACUGAUCGGAAGGAGAUGUACAAGCUGGCCAAUAAGAGUUCUGACCACUGCAAUAGUAAUGGCACCCGUCAGAAAGACAUGUCUCUGGAUGUCCACAAAGAACAGUGUGAUGGAGCUGAUAUUAAACUCCUCAUGCCUUGCCCUAGUGACCAGGAUCCUACAACGCCCAGCACAGAGGCACCAACCCCAGUGGAGACGUACAGCAACGGGCACGCAGAGUUGGUAGGGCGGAAGGAUGAAGGAAAAAGCAAGUUAGGGGCAUUCUUGUGCCUAUUUGAUUGGUUUUGUAAACAUAAGGAAGAGACAGCAGCAUCAACACCAAAGGUCACUGAAGAAGAUGAACGCAUCAUUCAGGAGAUGCUUUAUGAGCCCCCAAAAAUCAAGAUUUUGCUGAACUUCUGGUUGGUAGUAGUCUGUUCUGUGGGUGUCAUCAUGUUUGUCUACUUCUCCCUGUAAUAUGUUGAUCUUUUCCUCAUUGGACCCAUAUAUGAUCUAUUUAUUACCACAAAAGCUGUCUGGGUUCUGUAAAAUUAUAUGAAUUUUGUUUUUUAGCUUUUAUAAGAGGGGCUUUCUGGAUAUUCUGAAAAAGAUUUUUGUUCCAUUGUCUUCAAAUCAACUCACCAAAUGUGUGAAUAUAUUACAAACAAAAGCACUACUGAUACAUUGGACCUUCUUAUAUUAAUAUGUAAUAACUGUAAAAUCUGUGAAUUCUGCCUUAUUUAUUUGUAAGCACUCUCUUAUCAAAUCAUCAAACAUGUUGGGGUGAUGGCUGUGUCUUGUAUAUGCAUUUAUAACUGUUGUUUAUCCAUUACAAUGUAUAGUAUUAUCUAAAGCUCAACAGAAGUAGUAAAUUUGCCACCUAUAUUGUCUAAUUAGUUCAAAUGCUGAAACAUUAGUAAAUGUUACAAAAUUUCCUAGAUUUAGGCCAUACAGGAGUAAAGAGGGAAAUCAUCAUGUGCUUUAUGUACAAUUAUGCUUUUCAGUGCUGUCGUAAAUGUUGUGAAAUCUGCCUAAACAUAACUAUCUUUCUAACUGCUAGUGAGUGUUCAGUCUUUGUACCUCUAGUGGGCCGCUUUUACUUAGGUAUUUUUGCUACAUCACUUAAAUCGUCAACUUCUACGAGCAAUGUUUAGUGCACAUAUGUACACACAGGUUUUAUUCACCACCAAAAUGCCUUCUUUUCAAUUAGAAAUCCCCAAUUUGGGGAUUUGUCAAAGUCAUGGGUGAAAUUCUGGUGACUAGUAUCUCGAAAUUUCACCACUGAUACAUAAACAGUACAAGCACAGCCUGUUUUCCUGGGGUUUGUCAAAUGAUUGACCACCACCGGACAAACACCAGCUAGAAACAUCUGCUUAAAUCACAGUGAAGUUUCAAUUUGAGUAUAUGUGAAAGCAUAUCACUUAUCCCAUGUCAGGUCGACUAAGCUUGGGAUGUCCAAUUUUGAUUGCUGUGCAAAAUAUUUAGUUCUUCUAGAGGAAGAAUUUCAUUUUGUGGUUGUUGUGGGAACAGGCAUUGUCUGUUAUACUGAUUUUGAAUACACUGUUUAGUAAAAGUGGAAAUUAGUGGUUGUUUUUAGUUAAAUACAGAUAUGAAGGGUAAUUUACCAAAGCUGACUGUUUUGAAGUCAGGAAUUGGUAUCAUAUCGCUGGGUAAAGCUUUACCGAGAUUUUGCUCUUCAGGUUGUGUUGAAUCAAGUUUUGAAACCCUGGAAGCCCAUACUGUAUCCCAGGAAAGCUAUAAAUUAGUAUUGUGUGUGCUGAGUAAAUAGAUCACAGCUAUAGUUGGAAUACUAUUGUUUAGACAAUAAAUAUCAUGUCAUACUUUGAUGCUAGGAAUGAAUGAGAUUCUAGUCUGCUUACAAAUGGUGUUAUGAGGCCUUUUUUUGGUAUUUCCCCUCAGUUGUGUUUAAUAAAUUAAAGGUAAAAGGUCUGAUAUGUUAGCUGGCACUGAUACAAGUCUGGAAACAGGCACAACUGGAUUAGUUAAUAUUUGGGAUUAUUCCUAGUUUUCUGGUCCAGCAGAAAUACGUAAUGUGAAUGAAUGACAAAAUAAAAAUAAACUUUGGAUUUUUCUGCUUGUGGUUUUAUUUUGCAGUGAAUGGGUUAAUCAACUGGGCAGUUACAUGUUCAUAAAUAAACUGCUCAAGGUGCCCUUACUUCUUUUAUUUGUUAGUCUGGUAAUUUCAUUGUUAAUAUGUUCAGUUCAGUUAAGUGAACUUUGGCACACAGUCAGACAUCUGCUUCUUCACUUUAUCUGUUUUAAGAAGUCUGUGCUUCAGAAAGCCUGAAACCAAGUGUAAAUGCUGUAAUUAGCAAAUUUAGUUAUAUUUUCAGUGCUAUGGAUAAAACUGGUUGAAUCCUUUACAUUAUAGAAUAAAUCUGCAAAUCCUAUUUUAAUCCUCCUGUAUCCUUGGUAUAUUUUAGGGAGCUGAGUAUGUAUUUUUAAAUACUUUUAGCAAGUACUAUUUAGUAAUUUUCCACUCAUAAUUGUUUUGUACAUAACAUUUAAAGUUGUGGAUAUUCUGCUGAAUAUGGAAUGGUUUUCCAUUAUGUUCCAGUGUAGAGUUUCAAUUACUAUUUACGUGUCUUUACAGAUAUCACAGAUAUUAUUCAAAAUGCCUUUGCAGUUUGCAUAAUGAAAUAAGAGAAGAGAAAAAAAUUAGAGACAAUUAGAGGCUCAGUCUAUUGUAAGUGUCAGAUUUGAUGUCAUAUUGGCAGGUUUCAGUGAUGGAAAAUCCCCUGAAAUUUCCCUGAGUACAUUGGGAUCAGUGUUCAAUGCAGUGUUGCAUUGAAUGAAAUGCUGUUUUGAUUUGGUCUAGUAUUUGAACGUGUUCAGGCCUGGCGAGGUCCAAAAUUGUGGAAAAGGCAUUUGUAGAGGUGGUGCACACCCACUUCCCAUGUAGGAAAACUGCACAGCAUUGUACAAAGUGUGUACAUUAGAAAUUCCUUGGUUCCUGACAUGGUCUAAACUGUGCUAGUCAAUUUUUACAUAGUGUACUCAUUGGUUCUCCCAGUGCCACCCCCUAAAUUCAGUGAGACAGUUAGUACUUUCAUUCUCAGUUGUCAUAUUCCCAUUUUUAAUGACAAAAGCACUGUAAUUUGUUUUUUGGCUGAGUGACCUCAGUGAAUAUUUAUAAAACUCUCCUUACCAACUGUGUCUUACUUGAAAAUUGUUCAUCCUAAAACUCAGAGUGAUGAACAAGUAUACCAAUGUUUAUAUACCUGUAGCCUUUCCAGAAUGAUCAGGCUGAACAGACCUUCUGAUUUCAUUUCUAAAGACCUCCAUGUUUUGCCACAACCUGCAGAGAAAGUGUUGGAUGUAUACUUAUCUUGAAUUAGCUUGAUAUGUUAAUCACUUCCCAGCUUAGUUGUCUAUGAACAGAUUUAACUAUUUGCUACUUUGAAUUUUUUAUGACUAAAUAAAGACAAAAUUGUUUUAGCAGAA